AAUUUUCCACUUUGAUUUUAACGUGUCAGCCUGAUUGUAAUGUAGUGCAGGGUUCUGGUUAUCAAAUAUUUCCUCGUCACAGACUCUAGAUUAAUCACAUUUAGCCCGAGGAGCUCUUCUUAAGAAAAUAAGAGGAGAAUAAGCUCGGAUUAACUCACUUCAUUUUGAUAUUUUAUCCCCUUCAUUGAGGAAUUUGAGGCAAAGGCACACAUCAUUUACUCACAAAAAUAAUGUAAGAGUUUCAUAAUGUGAGAAGAAUGUUGGGCAGUGGCCAACCCCUCAUCUAAGCAACCCAGAAACCCCCCUCACCUUGAAGAGCCCCAGUUGUCCUGGUGGGAGUGAACCUCAUCCCACCUCAUGAGCCAACUAGGAUGGAAAAGAAAUAAACCUGUUUAUUCUGUGUCCAUCACAGCUUCCCCAGCUGUCCCUCAGGACCGCGCUGCAUCGCGUCUCGAUAGUUGUCCAGUUUCCAAACCGGUAUCUGUGCUCCCAUUGACGUCAAAGGAGCAGGCUGGAUGUAUAAAACCCUCCGGUCCUCUCCAGUCGCCGCUCACAGGGACGUUUCAGACCGGGUUCGGACCUGACAGCUCACCGGCCGACCACAAAGUCCAGCUGCAGCAUCUGGAGAGAAUAAAGACAUGAAGUCAGCCCCCCUACUCCUGCUCCUCUCCUCGGUCCUCCUCUCAUCACACCUCCGCCCCGCCGUCGGCAGACCGCGCACCUUCCCCGGCUGGCUGGAUGGCAGCGGCCGCCUCCAGCAGACGCAGCAGAUGGACGAGAUGCUCCUCAGAGCGGCCGCCGCAGGAGACGGCAGCGCGUCAGAUCUACUGGGAAACAACAUCCUGAGGUUUCUCCAGAGAAGGAGCCCGGACCGCCUGCACCUGCUCCCGCCUGAGGAAGAAGAAGAGAGCGACGAUGGGGGGAUGAGGAUCGCGGCGCAGCUGCUGAAGCGCAGCGAAGAGCCACCGUUGUCCAUCGACCUGACCUUCCACCUGCUGAGGAAUAUGAUCCAGAUGGCCAAGAUGGAGAGCCAGAGAGAGCAGGCGCAGCUCAACCGCAAAGUGCUGGACGAGACGUUGCUGGAAAUUAUGGAAACGGACUUCUCAGACCCCCUUACACCACUGGCCUCAUCCCUUCCUCACCCUCCAAACACACAAUCCCCUCAACUCUGGACUUUUGGUGGAGUCGCGGCAAAAGGGAAACUGUCGGUCAUCAUGUCAUUUUCACUCCUUUAAGUAUAGUUUGACUGAGAAAUUAACCAUUGUUUUUAAUUUGUGUCUAAAUUUAUUUGUUUUUACUGGUUUGUGUGAAUAUGUGCAAAUGUUACCAGAAAGAAAAAGCUAUUUGCAUUACAGUUUGAUUCUUAAUCAGAACUUCAACGUAAGUAGUGUUACUGUGGCAGAGUCAAAUGAACGCUAGGAAAUCAUUGUAAAACUUCUGUUUCUCAAGACAGACGCUCCCCAAUGUUCUGAAUAAUUGAACGACAAUAAUCUCUGACCUUUAAGCAGUUAAACUUAAAUUGGAGCCUAAAAGUCAGUACAAAUUAAUAUAAUAAUAAUAAUAAUAAUAAUAAUAAUAAUAAUAAUAAUAAUAAUAAUAAUAAUAAUAAUAAUUAGUCACACUCUCUGAAAUCAGACAAACUAUGAAUUUUUACACAGCACAGAGCCGCACAAAACUUAUACACAAAACUUUCUGGGCAACCUUUUUUUUUUUUUUUUUUUAAGAAUUAAGAACUCCUCCUCCAGUCUGCCAGUUUAAGUGGAAACUCAAAAGAUCCACUUUUGUCUCUGACACUCAGCUCCAUCACUGUCACCGCAUCUCUUGGUUAAACCUAAUGAAACGCUUGAUGGUCACCACCAGUAACGUCUCUCACCUUCCUUUCAUUCUCUUUUCUAUCCCUUUACUUUGAGCGGGAGCACUAUUACCUGUACUGUAUCAACUGUAGCAUGCUAACCUACAAAAAGAAAAGAACAAAAAAAGCUUUAUUUUCCUGUAAACAUUCAUGUCUGACACUGAUCACAUUUGUCUUUGUUUUAGCGAAAGAAAAGAAAAGCUUUUUGCCAUUUAUAUUUUGUAAUAAAAAAGUUUGAAGUAAAAAUUCUUGCUUUUGUUUCUGUCAUUGUACUCAUUAUGAUUGUGUGUUUAUCAAUUAUGAAAUACAAUUUUCAUGCCUGCCGUAUGGUUUAA